UCAAGUUUGUUUGAUGUGGAAUGCAUUUGGCUGUUUGGAAAUCCAAUGGAUGAAAGGAAUAUGAAUUCCAGCAAGUGGAUAUGCCUAGUAUUGGCAUGCAUGGUAUCAGGACUACAGUUCAGCUCUAUAUUUUCUUUUGGUGCAGUAUUUGUUGAAAUGAUGAAUACCUAUCAGGCAGACAGAUCAACAGCCGCUACUGUACAAUCAUUGCUAAUAGGAGUUAGCUUAAGUUUCGGAAUUGUAAGCGGUCUUUUAAUCAAUAAAUUUGGUUUAUCAAAGACGACAUUUGUUUCAAGUUUGUUGGUUCCUCUUGGAUUUACAGUGUCAUUCUUUGUAUCAGAUAUCUUCUACCUUUACAUAACUAUCGGCAUUAUAGCAGGUGUUGGUAUAUCAUUAUCUCACGUCUGUGCCGUAACUUCUGUAAACAGAAUAUUUGCCGAUGAUGAGAAACAACUUGUGUUAUGUGUUGCCAUUCAUACCGCAUCGACAACAUCCGCUGGGAUCAUUUACCCUUACAUUCUGAACUGGUUAGUUAACUCUUACGGACUAAGUGGAACUUUUCUCAUAUUGGGUGGCCUUUAUUGCAACUCAUUUGUCCUUUUUGUUUUCAUAUGGCAGCAGGAAAUGUCAGGAAAUUUAAGUGUUAUCUACAGAUCCGAAAAAGAAGGAGAUUCUGAAAAUUUAACUCUUAUAGAAAGGCCUUGUAUGGUAUAUCAUUACGUAUUAAAAACAUUUCAGCAGAUCUCUUCAAUUCCAUUUGUAUCCCUGCUUGUUGGAAAUGGAUUAGCUAUUGCCAGUAUGAACGGAUAUUUUGAACUUGCGUUCGAUAUUGCAGAUUGGAAAGGGUUUAACGAAUCGCAAACAAAGGAACUGUUUGUUAUAUUAAAUUGUUUUAAUGUGCUAGCAACAUUAGCACCGGGUCUUGUUAAAUGGAAGUUUAAAACGCAUUCAUUUAUUUUUGUAACACUGUCAUCUCUUGCUGGGUUUGUUGGAUACAUGUUGAUGUAUGCUUCGACAAACUAUUUGACAUAUGCAGUGGCAUCUGCCUGUGUUGGCCUCGUUUCUGGUGGAAUAAUAUCGGGGUCCAUUAGUUUCGUUAUGGAAACAAUGCACAAGGAACAAAUCAGUGUUGCUAUUGGAUUAAUGUUAACUGUUAACGGCAUUUUAUCUGCAGUUUCAGGACCAUUAUUUGGCAGCAUCCGAGAUGCUACUAGUUCCUAUGACAUUGUUUUAAUAAUGAUAUCUACGAUUCUAGCUGUUUCUUCGAUACUCUAUCCUUCAUCUUUAUGUUGCCAGCGUUAUUAUAAGAAAAGUUAUAAAACAGAUAUACUGGCGGAGGAAUGCCUCGGGUGCCCUUCCUUGCGUUAUUUCAGGCACGAACGGGCACCUCAGUAGAACCACCGACGUUUCGAAAGCUUGCUGGAUAUUGUUCUCACAUGAAAUAAUCCAAAGUCCCUCAUGUAUUUUUAAAUUAAUAGAUCAUACACCUUGGCAUCGUCUUUUGUUAAAAAAGAUAUGAUUAAAUAAAUAUGUUUUUAUUAAUUUGGUAGUAAUAUUUCAUGUAAUUUUAGAAGUAUAUCAAUAUUAAAAAGUUUUCAAAACAUGCA